AUGAAAUGGUUUAUAAGUCUCAUCUUCUCUUCUCUUCUGCUCACUUGUGUAAUUGGUAAUCCAUUAGGUCAAUAUUUUUUGAAAAACAAGAGAGUAAAACGCACAGUAUUUCGAUCAGAAGUAGCUUCUAAUGGUGUUACAAUUAAAUCGAAUGCAGAUGCUUUUAAAUUCCUCGUUGAAUUCGGAUAUAAUCGAUGUCAAACACCAUCUGGCACUGAUUCCAAAAUUUAUGGAAGUCCAGCAUGUCAGUCAAGCUUCGAAUCAAUGCUAGAACAUUUUCAAACUUCUUUUCAUCUACCUGUGACUAGAGAGCUCGAUGGUGCCACAUUGAAAUUAAUGAAUACACCACGAUGUGAUUUACCCGAUUCUUCAUCUUCGUUGAUCAACAAAACAAACACGCUCUGGCCGACAAAUCGCACACUUACGUGGAAAUUAGAUUAUGAUCAUUCAUUCUACGAUCUAACAAAAACCAGUAGACAAAUUGAACAGAGUUUUAAUGAUUGGGCUAGAUACACAAAAUUAACAUUUCGCCAAGUAACUGAACAAGAAGAUGUUGAUUUCAAUUUGGCUUUUGAAUCUGGCCAACAUUCAGAUGCGUAUCCUUUUGAUGGACGCGAUGGAACUCUUGCACAUGCUUUUUAUCCAUGGCAGCACGGACGUGGACAAAUUCAUUUUGAUUCAACUGAAAAAUGGACAGACAAAAUACAUAGAUAUAAUGGCAAAGGUCACAAUUUACGUAUAGUGGCUUCGCAUGAAAUUGGACAUGUUCUUGGUCUAGAACAUAAUACCAAUAACAAAAAGUCAAUUAUGUACCCAUUUUACAAUUUGAUUCUUCCAGAAGAUAUUUUGCUCAAAGAAGAUCAAGAGAGAAUUCAAGCAUUGUAUGGAGAAAAGCCAGCGACGGUGCCAACUUUCCCACCAACGACAAGUGUUCGAGCAACAAAUGUGACGAAGCAACUAACAGAAACUGGAGAAGGUCAGUGA